AUGUAUCUUCUAGACAACACCAAUCCGGAUUGGUGGUAUGUCAAAAAUUCUAAAGGAAUUCCUGGCUAUAUUCCUCGCAAUUUUGUUGCCUUUCUCAAAACUCCAGAAUCUUUCGAUUGGUUUGCUGGAAGAAUAUCUAGAAGUGUGGCAGAAAGACUUGUAGCUGGGAAACAGUUGCCUCCUGGGACUUUUCUCAUCCGUGAAAGGGAGUCUGACAAUUUAGAAUAUGCUUUGACUAUACGUGAUAUUGACCAAGGAUUGGGGGUUCCAUGUGCAAAGCAUUACAAAAUUAAAGAGGUGGAAAAUGAAUGUGGAUUUUAUAUUACGAAGAGGAUGAUUUUUCCGUCUUUGGAAGCCUUAGUUAGCUAUUAUUCGGACCGUGCCGAUGGUCUUUGUAACAAGUUGACACUUGCAGCGCCCAAAAUGACUCCAAUAGGUCCCGAUUUGUGCUAUGAUACCCAACAAAAUUGGGAGAUUCCUAGACAUGAAGUUCAACUUAUAAGAAGAUUGGGUGAAGGGAAUUUUGCUGAAGUUUAUUAUGGGCAUUGGAGAGGGAAAGUUGAUGUUGCAAUAAAAAUGAUGAAACCUCGAACAAUGAGUUCUGAAGAUUUUAUUAGUGAAGCAAAUACCAUGAAGCAAUGUCAACAUCCCAAUUUGGUUCGUCUUUUUGCUGUUUGUACAAAAGAAGAACCCUUCUAUAUAAUUACUGAAUAUAUGAAAAAUGGAAAUUUAUUAGAUUUUUUGAGAGCAGAAACCAAAGAAGAUAAACAACAAAAAUUAUCUAGUCCUAGAAAUCCGUUGACAAUACAAGAAUUGGUGGUUAUUUGUGCUCAGGUAGCAGAUGGAAUGAAGUAUUUGGAAGAGAGAAAGCUUGUUCAUAGAGAUUUGGCUGCUAGAAAUGUUUUGGUUGGAGAAAAAGUAUCUGGAGUCCCUAUCGUUAAAGUUGCUGAUUUUGGACUUGCAAGAAAGCUGAUGGAUGAUGAACAGAUUUAUGAGGCUCAAACUUUUACCCAAUUUCCUAUUAAAUGGACAGCACCAGAAGCAGCCAUGCUCAAAAUUUUUACUGUAAAAUCGGAUGUGUGGUCCUAUGGAAUUCUCCUUUAUGAAAUAUUUACAAAAGGAGCAGUUCCCUAUGCAGGAAUGUCAAAUUCUGAGGUUCUCGUAAAAAUUGAAAAUGGAGAGAGGAUGAAAUGUCCUUAUAUUUCAAACCCAGACGAUUCUGUGCUAGUUAAACGAAUUUAUGAACAAGUAAUGCUUAAAACAUGGGAACAGCAACCUGAAAAACGCCCAACUUUUGAAGCAUUGUAUCAUUAUUUUGACGAUUUUUUUGUUAGUAAUCAGCCAAAUUACAUUCCAUCUUAA